AUGGGCAGUUACCUGAGCAAGCCAGGAUCCCAGCGGUUGUCCCCUGCCAAGGCGCGCGCGGACCUGCCUGAGAGACCUGUGAACCGCCGGCCCGCUCAGCACCUUCACCAAGUCCCCCGGGUUCAGCACAUCCACCGCGUUCAGCACGUCCACCGUACCCAGCAAGUCCACCGAGCCCACCCAGGCCCGAGGCGCAGACCUGCGAGGAGGCAGCCAAACUGGGGUCCAGCCAAUCCCAGCGCGUGGAUGGUCAACGAGGCUUGGAGGCGCUUUCCCAUGAAGUUGCCCAAGAAUUCCAUCAUGGGGCCUCUACCCUCAGACUGGUGGGAAAGUUACUCCAAGCGGAAUAUUUGGUCUCUUCGCCACCCCAGGGCAAUGCGGAGCCCGGUGACAAUCAAGAUCGCUCCUCCUGAACGGAGAAAGACCCUUUCCACGUCCCCUCAACAGGUAAUCAACUACCCAGGGCCCCCACCCUCUGAGGAACUCCCAGAUCCGUGUGCAAAGGAGACAGUACUGAAGGCCCUCAGAGAAUGCAAGAAAGGGAAAAUGAGGUUGAAAGAACCAGUAUUCCCUGAGAGCCCGGACAGUAAAAGAAGAAGCCCAGAGUCCAGAACAUCUGCAUUUAGGCCCUUGAUGAAAAAUGGAGUCUUCCCUUCCUUUGUGCCCAGACCUGGUCCUCUGAAGAGAAGUUCCUUGAGCAGUACAGACACAUGUGGGCCCCUCAGCUCUAAAAGAAAUGCCAUUACAAGCUCUUACAGCUCUUCUAGAGAGCUCUCAAAACCAUGGAAGAGAAGGAGUCCCAGUGCAUUACUCCAGAUACCAGAGUGGCCAGUAAAAAAGAAAGAAAAAGGCCAUUGGUCUCAUUUGCCAGCCCCACUGGUAUCAGACAAGGAGUCCCCAGGAGCAUCUUGCAGUUCUGGGCAGCAAAAUCACAAGAUCCCACUGCUUCUGUCUAGCCCUGCGAACCUGCUGUCCAUGACCUCACCUCCUCAGCUUGGUUGUUCAGUCCUUACUGAGGACCUGGCCUUGGAGAAGAAACCUGGGCUUCAAUGGAGCAAAAAGGCCAGAGAGAAUAAGACUGAGGCCACCAUGGACUCUGUCACUGAGAGUUGGCCUGAUAUUCAGCCUUCUGUGUCUCUCACCCUGCCUUCUGCAGGGACAGCUCCAACCCAAGACACAACUCCUCAGCUGGAAAGCUUAAAGAAAAUGCAAAAGUCUUCAGGUCUAUUGACCUUCCCACAAUCUACCAGAGAAGCAACCAAUGUGGCUAAUUUGUCUGUGAAGAUACCCAGCCUGCUGGCCCCAGUUGGGUCCUUACAGUCAGAGUCUCUUCCAGGCACCUCUUCAGACUCAAAGCUGACAGCUACUGUCAUCCUACUGACCACUACUUCUCCCACAUCACAGAUCACUGACACCAGCAGGCCACCUCUGACCUCUCAGGCCGACAGGUCUGCCAUGCCCCCAGACCUUCCAACCAUUACUCAUGCAACACCCACCAUGCCAAAUACAUUGUUUGGAAUGAUGAGUAGCCCGGCUCCCCAUCUUCCCACAUCUGCACCUGGUGCUGCAACUUCUGCUUCCCCCAUGUUGAAACCCAUUUUUGGGCCUCCAAAUAAUAGUGAGAUUGGAGGUACCUUAUAUUCCAGAAUUUCAGUCACAACUGCAGCAUCUUCCAGCUCUUCCAUUUCCACAACUCCAGACAUCUUAACUCCCACCUUCAAGCCUAUCUUUGGUAGCAUAGGAUCAACUAUGCCCAUGAUAUUUCCUUUAUCCUACAAACAGAUCUCUCCUUCAUCCACCCCUGCAUCUACUUAUCUCUUCCAUGGUCUGACCAAGGCCACCUCUGUAGUCAUGUCCACCACCCCACCCAGCACAUCCAAAGACUCUGCUUACAAGUUACCUUUGGAUAUUGGCAUAGCAAAUGUUAUCAGCACUACAAGCAACACUUCCUCCAUCCCUUCUACUUGUCACACUUUUCUUCUUGGGACUACCUGUGCCUUCAGGUCCAAUUUCUCCCCAGCCACAGGCUUCAUUUUACCCUCACACAAGUGUCCAACCAUUCCUACUGUACACACAGUCACAAUCUUUAACCAGGUUCUUCCCAGUGCUGUCCGGAUAUCCCCCAAAAGCAGCACUGCCAAAUUUAGGGGCAUGGACGGCCCUCUGCCAUCCUCAACCCUAGAAACUACAAACCAGCCUGCAUUGGCAUCCAGCAGCUCCACCCCCACCCCAGCACCCACAAUUCUCUCUGGGUCAAACUCGAGACUAUCUUUUCCAAUAUCCACAGGAACCACUCCCCAAUCUACAUUUGGAGCUAGGGAUGGACAGAAACAAGAGGUCCCCCAGCCAGCCCUUGCCCCAAGCUUUAGUAGCUCUUUCCUUUUUGGAAACUCAGCAGUGGCACCCUCAACCCCAACUCUAAUUCAACCAGUCUCCAGCAGUACCACACAAUCCAACUUUGGGGGCUUGACACCCUCAGCCUCCACCUUCCAGACCUCUGCCAGCAUCCAGCUGGGCUUUACCAGCACUUCAGCAGGUUUUCCUUUUGAUCAAGUUACUACAUCAGGCUUUGGAGUUGCCACCCAGACCCACCAGAUUGGGGCUUAUGGCUUAGUGUUUGGCAGUACAGCCCCACGCCCCUUUGCCUUUGGGGGGUCAGUGACCCCUAUGGACUGUGGAGAGUCUGGGAUCAGCAUAGCUGCCGCAAACAUGAAUUCCACCCCUGGAGCAUUCAGCGUUGGACCAGUACCAAGUGGGAACACCAGCAGCAUCACUCCCUUUGGAAAAGAAUGGAAUCAGAACACCCAGGGCCUGCCCAGCCAGAAUGCACUUUUUACUUUGGGGAGGGCCAGCACUUCUGCAACAAAGACUAUGUUUGGAGGCCCCAUUAUGGCUCCCUUUGCUCAGAGUACUCCUGUCCCUGGACCAGUUAAGGCAAACAGCAGCCUUGGCUUUGGGAUGCCCUCUCCACCUUCCCAAGGAUCUAUUGGGAGAGGACUUUUUAGAUCAUCAGCCCCUUCAUUUUCCAUUGGUACAAAAUCAAAAACCCCAAAGAAUCGGGAGCAAGGGCAUUCCCGAAGACAUCAUGCCCACAAGAAAUAG